ACUAUAUUUUCAUGUAUUUUUCUUGUACGUCAAAGUAAUUUUUCAACCUUCAAUUUCCAAGAACAAGAGCUAAUAUUGAAGAUUACCGAAUCCGAAAGAAAAAGCGAAAAAAAAACAUUAUCCAACCCUGGUAUAAAAUGUAUAAAAUUUACAUCGAAACCAAAAACAUUCGAUGUUAUCGUAGCGAAACAACGUAAUAUCUUCUACUGCACUGAAUUUUGUUUUGUUUACGGUUUGACUUAUAAGUGUGAUCAUGGAAGUGAAUCCUUUGAACAUAUUUUUCGUGAAAUCGGACAGUAAAGGUGAUAGACUCUUGUUUAGAUAUCCCUACAAGUUGGAUAACAAAGAUGAGAACACUCAGAAGAAAUGUGGUCGUCACAAUCCGUACGCAAUUAACUGUACUGAAGAUCUAUUGCAAAAUCCACAAACACAGACAUCUAAUGUCUACAAAGGUCAACUCAGCGGUUUCACAGAUGAAAUGCUAUCAACACUGUUUGCAGUGAAAGCUGAACUAUGUAACAGGAAGUUUGAACUGAAAGUGAAUGAUGUAAGAUUUGUCGGUCAUCCAACUCUACUACCUUACAGAACAAACAAAGAUGAUACAGCUGCUAUGAUUCUUAUAAACAUUGUAUUCGCUUUGCAAGCAUCUGCAAGUCACUCUAUAGUGAAAUGCUAUUAUGAUCUGAGUAAAAGAUUAGGUAAAGCUUUGAGGCAUGAAGAAAAAAGAUGUUCCUAUUUGACUGAAGAAAUGAAAAUAAUGUUGGCAACUCACGAUGAAGUUUCAGCUUUGGAAAGUGAAGUGAAUUCUAGAGAGAAUGAUGAGGAAGAGGAAAAUUUACGUCACUCUGUCAGUUCGGCAACAUACAGUAACGAAAAUUGUGGUGAUGGUAAUCCUAAAUCAGCAUUUCACUUGAUAUUACAAAGAAGUUCAUUAGCAAGGUCCAUGAAAGCUGUAUUUGAAGGUCUCAGUUCCACAGGUAUUGUACAAGUCCGUAUAAACAAUUGGGUACUGCUAUCAUUCUGUUUACCUCAUAAAGCUCAUCAAAUACAUAAUAGAGGAUUGGUAAUUGAACCAGAAUGUAUUGACAAAUGUCUGCAGAAACUAAGACCAUAUCAUGGUAUCUUACUUAUGGUGGAUCCAAAUGAAUUGUUAGCUUCAAUUCCACUCGAUGGAAGUCCAGCUUUAUUAAGAUUGAUCAAGUUAUAUAGUCCUUUGAAGAGCCUACAGACUCUAGCUAUUGAAGCUGACUUAUCUUUUACACAGGUGUCUCAGUUAACAGGUCACCUGGUAUACUGGGCGAAGGCCACGGUCAUAUAUCCUUUGUGCGAAGGCAAUGUGUAUGUGGUCGCCCCUUGUGGUAACGUGAAUAUACACUCGCCGCUGCUAGAUGAGUUUGCUAAGGAAUUCCCGGGACUUUGCUUAGUGCAAAUGCUAAGUGAGUUCUCUCUGCCGGCUCCGCUGUGGUUCAAGGCGCGUGGUGUGGGCGGGGCUGGUGGGGGGUGUGGGGGUGGGGCGAGGCUGGCUCGUGUCGUGGCCUGGUUGCUGCGCCGCAAGCUGCUGCUGCAGCUACACACUUAUGUCCACUUCAACUCGCCCAACUGGAAUGACGAUCCCGAUGGUCAAGAGUAUUAUUGCGAGAAACAUGACAUUUACAAUCAGUCGUGCAACAUUUCGUUCUCUUCCCUCAAUCAAAUGCAACUGAACGUUCCGGGACCAGUUGAGCCGAGGGAUAGUGCUAACACGUUCCCCGACUCCGACGAGGACUAUCCUACCGAAAAUAAUCUUAACCAAACCGACUUCUCGCACACGAAACCGAUCGUGAUCGAAUCCGAACAUUCGAAACACGAAAAGUGUCAUACGAACGAUUCCGCUAAUCAUUCGUUCGACGAUGGAAUGGAUGUCGUCGACGGUUUCGUUCCUAAACCGAACGGUGUGAACGGUUUUGGUCAAAACGAUCAAAAGAAGCAACCAAACUCUGUCGAUAGUGGUAUAUCGAAUAAUGUUAAUGGAAAUAAAUUACAUAUGAAUGGAUCUAUGGAUGUAGAUGACCAUAAAGAAGAUAAAAAAAUGAAUACUAUGACGUCACGACUGUCAGAUGCAUCUUUGAAGGAGAAAGAUGUCACAAAUAAUGUCGACUGUGAUGAAAAUAUGAUGGACUGUGAUGUAUCACCGAGACAGAAGAAUUUAAAUACUUUAACCAAUGGCACAGAUAAAAAGAACGGAGUUUCCCUUAAUUUAAAACUACAAAAUGAAAUGAGCUUCCAGCCGCCGACUGUGUGCGGGGGUGUGGGUGAGUGCGAGGCGGCGGGUGUGGGGGUGGGUGUGGGGGUGGUGCGGGGUGUAUGUGGGGGGGACGAGUCUCCGCUGCACGCGUUCACACCGGCCGAGCGCGCCGCCCUCGCCGCACUCCCCGCCGCCAGCAACCCUGAUGAUCUGCUGCUGCUGGCAACACUGCAUAAGAAGGGUUAUUUCCGCGGUGAAACACAUUUAGAAGAGAUAAUGUUUAUGGAGAACGUAACUCGGUCACAGUUGAUGCAACUGCUGGAUAAGUUCAAAGGUGUUCUUAUAACCUUCGAGACUGAGGACCCCGCUGUCGCUAUGUUGUACCCGUACCAGUAAUGUUACCCAAAUAAUAUUAUUUUAUAGCAUUAAACUAAAAUUAAACAUCAAAAUAAUUGUUUUUUAUUAUAUAUGCUCAACUUCUAAUGGUCCUAAUUAGAUAUGGUUUGGAUU